AGGAGAAUUUGACAGGUCCACCAACUGUUCAUCAACAUGUCAACGUUCCUUCAUCUUAAAGGCAGGCAUUUCUGUUGUUUCGUUUCUAUGGGAAGGAACUUGAACUAAAUUUCUCUGUUCAUGGGCCACAGAGGUUUGAUGAGCUAUGAGCAGCAACUACAUUUUGCUUCCAGAAAGAUGAAAUAUGGUGAUUAGUAACUUUCACAAGUUCACAAAAUGAAUCUGUGAGUUGGUGGUGCAGAGGCCAGGGUUCCUUUGAGACGACAGAUAUGCGAAGACUGAAUACGAGGCACAGAGAAUGUUGGGGGUAUGAGCAACGAACCAGUCCUCGUGGCGGUAUCUCACAAUGCGUAUAUAUAACCAAGUUUGAAUAUUCAAUUCUCUCCCACUCUCAUCGUCGUUCGUUCAAAGGCUGAGACUCUCGAUCCGAUCUCAACGUUAUCAGUUUCCGAGAAAAUCCUCACUUUCUCUCCCGACACAUCUAUAGGUCACUCAGAAAAGAGAGAUUUUGAAUUUCAGAAAUGGCGUCCUUCGACUCAUUUGGUAACGACGGAGACGAUCACCCACAUCAAUCGCCGCCGGUGCAACCCUUCGACGAUGAUGGCUAUUCGGGCCUCGACCCGGGCCUCUCUUCUCAGCGUUACGAAUCCACAUAUGCUGCUUCUGACGUCUUCAGCGAACCCCCACCUGCGAGCGAGUAUGGCCCUUCCUCCGACCUCCACGGCCACCUCAGCAUGGAUGAUGUCAACUAUGGUGAGAACGUACAUUCUGCAGAUGCAGGCGGAUUCGGGAUUUCGACGCCCAACCAGGAUUAUGCGUCGCCGUUUGAACCGUCCGGGCUUGAGACGAAUGGUCGUGGAAAUGCAUACGAAAAUGGCAGCGAUAAAAUCUUCACUUCCGAUGGUCCUUUACUUCCAGACCCGAGCCAAAUGCAGGACGAAGGUUUUGCAAGACGCGAAUGGCGACGACAAAAUGCAAUACAUCUUGAGGAAAAGGAGAAAAGAGAAAAAGAAAUGCGGAAUCAGAUUAUUAAAGAAGCUGAGGAAUAUAAGCAAUCUUUCUAUGAGAAGAGGAGACUCAAUUGUGAGACAAACAAAGCCAACAACAGGGAAAGAGAGAAGUUAUACUUGGCUAACCAAGAGAAAUUUCACAAAGAAGCUCACAAACAUUACUGGAAAGCAAUAGCAGAAAUCAUUCCUCGUGAGGUCCCCAAUAUCGAGAAGAGAAGAGGUAAAAAAGAAUCUGAGAGCAAUAAGCCUUCCGUUGUCGUGAUUCAGGGUCCAAAGCCUGGGAAACCUACUGAUCUUUCAAGAAUGCGCCAAAUGAUUUCCAAGCUUAAACAGAACCCUCCUCCUCACAUGAUGCCACCCAAAGAAGGCAAGGAUGGUAAAGAUGCAAAAGAUGCCAAAGAAGGUAAGGAUGAUAAAGCAGUCGAAGAUGGGAAUGAUAAAAAAGAAGCAAAGCAAGGUAAAAGCUCUACGCCAACUGCAUCUGGGGCUGCUGUAGAAACUAAACCUGCUUCUCCCGCCAAAGGUGGGGCUGCUAAUGGUGCCACUAAUGUGCUUAAACCAGAUGUUGCUGCUGUAGUUGAGGGUGAGCAAACCAUCGUGGGUUCUGAACCAGAAGCUGCUCAGUGACGAAGCAACUAUAUUUUUGUUAGUAAUUCCUGUUUUUAACAAGCACAUAUAUAUAUACUUUCUAAUUUUCUAAAUUCCGUGCUGAUGUUAAUGGAGAAUAAGCAGAUAGCCAUUUGCAUAUUCUUCAGGCUUUGCAGCAUGGCCUGCAAAGCUUAAUUCCAAUCUGUGGUCGGAGAUUCAUAGGCUUUAGACGCAAUUUUGUUUUCGCUGUCUUUUUUCUUUGACAUUUAUAAUCAAAGCGAUCUUUCUCUUCACUUUC